GAUUGUUAUUAUGACAUUUCAGUGACAUUUAAUACUCGUACAAUGUUUAGUUUUUGUAAUUUACCUUUUUAAAAGGUUUCAAAUAAAAAUUAUUAACGAUGGGGACGGAGUAUGAUGAAAACUUGAAUGAAAAUGAAUUUUUUAAACAACUGAAGAAAAACUUUCAUGAUGUUCUUCGGACGGCAUCAGAUAACAACUGGAUCAUUUGCAUACCUCGAAAAGGAUCAUUUAGUGAUUUAAAAUUAACAAAGAUUGACGUUUUGGAACAUAUUUUAAUACGAGGUUUAGAAUAUCGCAAUUUAACCGGGAAAGUGGUUAAGAAAGAAGGCAAUAAUUUAAUAUAUGAAAAUAGAACUGUUUCAAUUCUGUUCUAUGAGGAUUUUGUUAUUAAAAAUUCAAAAUUUUCUAUUUGGUGUAUUGACCAAUUUUUAUUUGGCAAUAUUGAAAAUCUUGAAUUAAAGAGUAUACAGAUAAAUAAUUUUACAGAUUGUAUAAAUUUAUUGUGGAAUGAUAAUUGUUUGGUUUUGGAUGAGAUUAAUAGUUUGGUAGAAAUAUUUUUAUCAAAAGACCAUUUCAAUGGCGAUGAUUUUGAUAUAAAACGCUUACAAAAUGAUAUUAAAGAUUUAUUUGAUAAUUGUUUUGAGGUUGCUUUAACUUUUGGGUAUGAACAGGAUGACAACUUGAUGAAAAAUUUAAAACUAUCAGUUGAAUCAUUUAUGCAAGUAUGUUUAAAAGAACAUUUAUUUAAUUAUAUUUGCGAUUAUACAGCAGCAAGCGAUGCGAAUAUCAACAAAAUAAUCAGAAAUUCCCAACAAAUAUCACUAAAAAAUUUUGAAUUAGAAAAAUAUUUCGAGAUAAUCCCAUUGGCACGCUUAGAACUAAACAAAAUUAAUAACGGAAACGUCGUUUUAAACAAAAUUAUUUGUUUAAAACGCGUUUUUAAUAUAUUAAAAGGCGUGGACGCCGAAAUUUUAUUAAAAAUCUUUAUUUUUUUAAUAAUAAAGUCGAACGUUUUUAAUUGGAUCGCAAAUUUAGUUUUUAUAACAAACUUCCAUUUUAGCAAAGCCAACUUUUGCGAUGAAAACGAUUUCAUAAUAACAACAUUAAACGCCGCUUUAAAAUUUAUAACCGAAAAUGAUUUAAAAAUAAACGAGCAACUGGAAAAGAAUUCAUUUAAUUCGAUUAUUAAAUUAAUAAAAGACGGCAAUUUAACGAUGUUAAUUAAAAAAUCUUUUUUAAAAGUAGAAAAUAAUUUCAUUAAUCAGCUUUGUCAUCCCUUAUGCUCCUGCGAUUCGUGUGAAAUUUUAUUAAAAGCAAAUCAAAAUUGCGAAAUUGAUGAAAAAGGUGCAUCUUUUUUACAUCACGCGUCUAAAUAUAAUCAUCCCGAUAUAAUUCAUUUUUUAAUCAUCGAAGGUUUCAAUAUAAAUUCCCCCGAUUUUAGAGGUUACACCCCUUUGCAUUACGCGGUUAGUUAUGGAAAUCAACACGGAACUUUUUUAUUAUUACAUUCGGGUUGUAACGCUAAUUUAAAAGAUUUUGAAGAAGGAAAUACGCCUUUACACGUUGCUGUUAAAAACGGACACGAGAAUUGCGUCGAAGCUUUGUUAUUUUUUACAAAUAACAAUGGAGAAAAUAUCGAUGUUAAUUGUUUAAAUAAUAGCAACGACACUCCGUUACAUUUCGCGGCUAAAUUUGGGUAUUUAAACUUGGUUAAACUCCUCGUCGAUUUUGGGGCGAUAAAUAAAGUGAAUAAAAAAGGUUUAACGCCGUUAUCGUUGGCUCAUAAUAGUUUUAUUAAAGAUAUUUUAAUAAAUAAUAUGAUUAUAAACGACUACGUUAUUAUUCAAAUUCAAAAGGAAGAAACAAAUAAUUCAACAACCAAAAAUUUUAACCAAAUCAAAAAAAUGGAUUUACUUUUAAAAGCUAUCGAAAAUAACGAUAUGCCUUUAACUUGUUUUUACAUUGGCAUAUCAUUACCUAACUUACAACAGUUUUCAGUAAAUAAUUGCCAUCCUCUAUGUAAUUGCGAGAAAUGUUUCGAAAAAAAUUAUUCACAUAAUUCCCAGUCAAUUUCAUUAGAAAAUAAAAAAAAUAAUCUCAAUAUAAAUUCUUGUAACCCCGAAGGUUACACCCCUUUACACAUAGCCGCCAAAUUUGGACGAUUAGAUAUUUUACGAUUACUUUUAGAUUCCGGCGCUUUAAUAAAUUCGAAAACUUGUAAAGAUUUAUAUUCCGCGUUACAUUUGGCUUGCAAAUAUAAAAGAAAGCGAAUAGUUAAAGAGUUAUUAAAAUGCGGUAAUUGCUUAAUUGAUUCUCGCGAUCAUUUUGGAAAUACACCCCUGCAUUACGCCGUUUAUAAUAACGACUUGGAAAUAUUUGAAAUGUUAUUAAGCGAGGGUUGUGACUUUAAUAUUAAAAAUAAUCAAGGAGAAACUGUAUGGAAAAUCGCCGAAAAAAUGAAUCAUUUAAGCAUUUUAAGAAUACUUAAGGAAAGGGAUAAAAAGGAGCGUUGUUCCGCCGAAUUUUUAUUGUAAAUAGUAUUUAUAGUCACUAUUAAACUUUUGUAAAUUAUAAAAAAAUUAUUAUUUUACCCGAUGC